UCGAAAGGUCAGAGUGCAGCCGCCAUUUUGAUACCAAGAUGUGGCUAAUGUUUACAUGCUAACGUGAGUUUUGACUGAGAAUCAUACGUUGGAAGAUUAGCAUAUCUGCCGGCUAAUUCGAAAUGAUGCAACGGCUGUUCGUGGAUAUUUAUUGAUAUAACUGUAUGUUUUGGACUAAAUAUUUUACUGGAUUGGAUCGACUGGACCUUUGCUAAUGUAACAAGACCGUUUUUGUCGGAGUUGUAUCAGUCGGUGGAGUAACAUGAGUCUUCAUAGCCCCCACCCCCGUCUCCUCUCCUCCCGCUGUCUCUAUAUAUCUGUCAGUGCAUGACGCGAGGUUAAGAAGUGAAGCAGACAAGAAAUAUAUCCCAGUGAAAGACAGGUCUGGAUAAAUAAAGAAGAGGUAUACUCAGCCCUACCCGAGAGAAAAGGUUGGAAGGGAGAAGGUGGGGAUUUUUUUUUUUUUUUUUCCCCCUCCUUUUCCUGAAGGCAGCUGUCAGAUUUUGAGAGGACGAUCAACACCGGAGAAAGAAGGUAAAAACGAGGAAAAGUUGAGGACGAAUGUCAUAGGAUGAACACUGCUGGUGGGGUGUGUCUGUCUGUGCUGUCCUCUCUCCUGGCUGUGGUUGGGGCCCUGGCUGCCGUGUCUGCCCUCGCUCUAGCUCCUCUCUCUGCCCUGGCUGAGGCUGCCUAUGGGGCUGCCAAUGGCGUCCCCAGCACCGGGGCAGAGGGGGCCCCCUCGCCCAUCUCCUCACCGUGCUCCAGCUUGGUAGCUGGGGUGCUCUAUGGCUCUUUCUCCCUAAGGGAGCUUUUUCCCUCCAGGGCGCCGGGCUGUUCCUGGUCCCUGGAAAACCCUGAUCCCACCAAGUACUCCCUCUACCUCCGCUUUACCCGCCACCCUACCAUCUGUCGGACACACUCCCCCAUGCUCCUCUCCCUCGACCACCACCUGGCUAAUCAAAGCUGUCCCCUUCACUUACAGACGGCAGCCACCAGGGAUCAGGAAGUCAUUAAUCUCUGUGGCAGCCAGUCCAACUCAGAUGAACCUUACUCCUUCCUACAGUUUGAUAAGAACUUUGUCCAACUAUGUCUAACAAGACAUCCAGCUGCAGAUGAGCCUCAGGUAUCCAAGGAAUUGCUGGAGCUGAGACUAGUAGAGGUGUUACUCAUUAACAACGAGAACUCCAGUCAGUUUACCUGUGGCGUGCUCUGCCGAUGGUUUGAGGAGUGUUUACGAACAGGUGACCAUGGAGGCCAGGAGGUUUCCAACGGCGACGGUUGCGGGAUGACCCAAACAGGCUGUAUCUGUCCUAAUCACAACAUCAUGGCACCACCUAUCCCGUUGCUCCCGGAGACACCUCACAGUUUCAGCAACGGUUCGCUGGUUCCCGAUGACUGCUGCGUCACUGAGCUGCAUUCCAAUGAUGCAAUCGCCAUAGCACCCAGAGAUGUCCGACAAGACCCAUAUGAUGACGACGAUCUGAAGGUGAAGACACAGAGACCACGAUCAGCUGACCAGCCAGGUGUGUUUCAGGCACAAACAGGUGACCCUGCAGCAGAGGAGUGGUCACAGUGGAGUGUGUGUUCCCUCACGUGUGGGCAAGGCUGGCAAGUGAGGACGAGAUCAUGUGUUUCUUCUCCUUAUGGGACACUGUGCAGCGGUGCCCUGCGGGAAACACGCAUGUGCAACAACACAGCUUCCUGUCCAGGUGAACCUGGGAUCACAGGCUCAGUGCAUGGGCUUUGGGAGGAGUGGUCGUCAUGGAGUCUGUGCUCUGUGACCUGUGGGCGGGGCUCCAGGACGCGAACCAGGAAGUGUGUGAACGGAGGCGGGGUCGUGGCUUGUGGACGGCCCGAGACACAGACCAAACUCUGCAACAUAGCAGUGUGCCCUGUGGAGGGCCAGUGGUUGGAGUGGGGGCCUUGGUCGAAAUGCAGCGUGACUUGUAACACGGGGAGCCAGCAGAGGCAGAGGCGCUGCAGUGCGUCAGUGCACGGCUGGGCUGAGUGUAAGGGCCCCCAUCAGGAGAGCAGAGAAUGCACCAACCCCUCGUGCAGCGGUGGAGGUAACUGGGGCAGCUGGAACCACUGGAGUCUCUGCAGCAAAACAUGUGACUCUGGUUGGCAGCGGCGCUUCAGGAUGUGCGAGGGCACCGGGAUACAGGGAUACCCCUGCGACGGCUCAGGAGAGGAGGUUCGGUCCUGCAAUGACAAGAAAUGCCCGGCUCCUCACGAGAUAUGUAAAGACGAGCACCUUCUCUCUAUGUCAUGGAAGAGAGCCUCAGCUGGAGAAACUGUCUACAACAAGUGUCCAACUAACGCCACUGGAUCUGCUAGUCGUCGUUGCAUGCUGGACAAUAAUGGAGUUGCUUUCUGGGGUCCUCCGAGCUUCGCCAGAUGCGUCUCACUUGAAUAUAGAUAUUUACAUUUAUCUUUACGAGAGCAUCUCGCGAAGGGUCAGAGGACCCUGGCUGGGGAGGGCAUGUCUCAGAUCGUAAGGAGUCUCCUGGAGCUCUUGCAGAGGAGGAGCUACUACAGUGGCGACCUUCUCUUUUCCACGGAGAUCCUGCGAAAUGUGACGGACACCUUCAAAAGAGCAACCUACAUCCCAGCUCCCGACGACGUGCAGAAAUUCUUCCAGAUAGUCAGCCACAUGUUGGACAUGGAAAACCUAGAGAAAUGGGAGGACGCUCAUCAGGUCGCUCCUGGCGCUGCGCUGUUGAUGAGGAUAUUAGAGGAUUUCAUUCACCUCAUCGGAGAGGCUCAAAAGCCUUUUCAGAGUUUUCUAGUCGUUACCAACAACCUCAUGAUAACCAUCCAGCGAGAGCCGGUGUCAGCAGUUUCCAGUGAUAUCAACUUCCCCAUGAAGGGCCGGAGAGGGAUGAAGGACUGGGCCAGAACAGCAGAGGACAAGCUCUACAUCCCUAAAGAGGUCUUCACCGUCCCAAACGAAGAGACAGAGACAGAUUCAGAGUCUACAAUGUACUACGUCAUCGGAGCCAUCUUGUACAGGACGUUGGGUGUCAUCUUACCAGCACCAAAUCCCCCUGCGGUGAUCAACUCCAAGAUCCUAACAGUGACAGUACGACCGGAACCGCAACCCAGCGAGCCCAUGGUGGUGGUGGAGCUCUCACCACUUUUCAAUGGUACAUCAGACCCUCAGUGCGUAGUCUGGGACUAUGGCAACCCGGAAGCUGGCGCAGAAAACUGGGGCACAGAGGGCUGCCAAACGCUCGCGUCAACCACUGUCCACACCAAAUGCCUGUGCAGCAGGAUAUCCACCUACGCCGUGUUAGCGCAGCAAGCUAAAGACCCGGACAUGGGUCCUACCAGCAUGCCCUCUGUGCCCCUCAUGGUGGGCUGUGGAGUCUCCUGCACUGCUCUCCUUAUCCUGCUGCUAAUCUAUGCUGCCUUCUGGAGGUACAUCCGUUCGGAGAGAUCCAUCAUCUUGGUGAAUUUUUGCCUCUCCAUCCUGGCCUCCAAUUUAUUGAUUUUGGUGGGACAAUCUCAAACUCUUAGCAAGAGCCUCUGUACUGUGACUGCUGCCUUCUUGCAUUUCUUCUUCUUGGCGUCCUUCUGCUGGGUGCUGACAGAGGCGUGGCAGUCCUACCUGGCUGUCAUCGGCAAAAUGAGGUCACGACUUAUUCGCAAGCGCUUUCUGUGCCUCGGCUGGGGUCUUCCAGCCCUAGUUGUAGCAGUGUCAGUGGGUUUCACCCGAGCAAGAGGUUACGGCACAGCCAGCUAUUGCUGGUUAUCCUUAGAGGGCGGCCUGCUUUAUGCCUUUGUUGGACCCGCUGCUGUCAUUGUUUUGGUGAAUAUGCUCAUCGGAAUUGUGGUGUUUAACAAGCUCAUGUCUCGAGACGGCAUCUCAGACAAGUCUAAAAAGCAGCGAGCGGGUGUCCCAGCGGAGGCGCGUAGCCGACUGCUCCUGAAAUGCUCCAAGUGUGGCGUGAUCUCGAGCACCGCUCUGUCCAGCUCUACUGCCAGCAGCGCCAUGGCCUCUCUGUGGAGCUCCUGUGUGGUUCUUCCUCUGUUAGCUCUAACCUGGAUGUCAGCAGUGUUGGCCAUAACCGACCGCCGCUCUACACUCUUCCAGGUCCUCUUUGCUGUCUUUGACUCCGUCCAAGGUUUCGUCAUCAUCACCGUCCACUGCGCCAUGCGCCGGGAGGUGCAGGACGCGGUGCGCUGUCGGAUGGGGGGAUGUAAAGACGACAGCGAAAACUCACCAGACUCCUGCAAGAAUGGACAGGUGCAGAUCAUGAAGUGUCCAAAUGUGAGCUCCUGUGGGCAGCAAUGUGGCUCUCUGCGUUACGGCACAUCCCCGUGCCCGCCGGGUUGCCACCCGCAGUCGUUCCCACCGACGUGCCACCAGGCAUGCCAGCAAGCCUGUUACCAGAGUCUGUCCCGCAGCAACCACGGGCUUGACCACAGCCACGCCCUCAGCCACGCACAUGAGCAUAACCCCAUCCUGAACAAUACCCACAAUCACAUCCAUAACCACGCCCACAACCACAUCGGCAGCCAACCUACGGAUUUUGAGAAGGAUGUGGACUUGGCAUGUCAAACAGUCAUUUUCAAGGAGGUGAACACCUGUAACCCAGCCACCAUCACUGGGACCCUCUCCCGCAUCUCCCUGGAUGAUGAGGAUGAUCCCAAGCUGGCAGCCCAUCAGGAUGGGGGAGUGGGGGUCAACUUUAGCGCCCUCCCUGGGAACAUCCCCCCUCCCAACCUUAUCGUACAGGUUCCACCCCUCGGAGGUCUCAAUGAGCUGAGUGAGACGCCACUCAAGAAGGAGGUGAACGUGGAUCAGCAGAGACAGCAAGGGCAGCAGCGCAGCGGCGCUCCCAUCUACCUGUGCACCGAGAGUGGCCUGGGCUGGGCUCGACCGCCCCCUUCCUCCAACACCUCCCAGGAUGGAAGUGCUGGAAGUGGAGGAGGAGGGGGAGGUGGAAGUGGAGGAGGGGAGGGAGACUACAUGGUCUUACCUCGUAGGACGGUCAGCCUCAAACCUCCAGCACCCUCCUCCCAAGGAGGAGGUUUGGGACUGGGGGGCGAGGACAAGCCUCUUAACAUUGCAGUGGAGGAUCCUCCUUUCCCCCCACCUCCCUCUCCCUUGACGCUCCAUCCGGCUGAGAGCGAGGCCUACCCAGCGGAUUUUGUGCCGUCCAGUGUGGGCGACAUGAACAUCACCAUGAACCUCAACCGCUCCUAUGGGACGAUCAAAACCAUGCCCCACGGGCACAGCCACAUGAUGGCUCAGGGUGGUCUUGUACACUCCCAUGGAGGACACAUGCACGCCCACGGGCAUUCGCUCCAGCUGAAGCCGGGCCAGAGGCCAUCAGUCAGGCAGAUUCUGACAGGUGGAACCACAGUGGAGAGAACCAGGACCCUGCCACGUAACCUGGGCAGCACCAAUACCAACACCAGCCUCUCAGCAGGAUCCCUGGAGAGGAAAAGAGUACGGUACUCUGAGCUCGACUUCGAGAAAGUGAUGCACACUCGCAAAAGACAUUCUGAGCUGUACCAUGAGCUCAACCACUCGUCCAAGUUCCACACCAUAGACAGGUAUAGCAGGGACCCAGCCAUGUCCACAUUCAAGAGGGAAAAGCGAUGGAGCAUUUCAUCUGCCGGAGGUGAAAAGAACUCGUCGAGUGACAAGUCGACCCCGGAGGAGCAGAGCUCCUGGGACAGCUUCAAGACCAUGACCCCUGAGCUGUCCAUCGUGCCUGGGGAGCAGAAAGACCGGAUGGAGCUGCACAAUAAGAACUGGGACUCCUCCUCUGCUAACACACCCGACUCGUCCGAGGGAGACUUCCAGACUGAAGUGUGAAGACACACAGAUGUACACACACUCACUCGAAUACACACACACACACACACACACGCUCAUGCCGAGAUGCAGAUGCACACAGAGAUACUGAACUUCUGGAAAGCUAUACUUAUAAGGACAUGAGUGCAAACACGCACACACACACACUCGCAAAGAUCUCACAUACACUGCUCCCCGUCUCCUGCAAUGUGCUCUGUCGGAUCCCAUACUGUAUUUGUUUACUGCUGCAGUGGACAGACAUGGAAAGAAGACUGUUCUACUCUAUAUUUUCGCAAAGACUAUAUUGAAAAGAAAGAACAGGGGCUUGACACGUCUGCGAUUGAGGAAAAUUUUUAAAUGAACUAAGAAACUACGAAAAACUUAUUUCUGAGAAAAAAUGUCUUGAUUUUAUUCUGGAGAAAAAAGAAAACCUCUUUCAAUUGUUUGAUGAUUUGGGGGGGAGGGUGGGAGAAGAAUAUUUCUGCACCGUUCAGUUCUUUUUAUAGCAAGGGGAAAAAAAAAUCUCACAGAGGUUGCUCACACUGGUAGCCCCCUAGGCACCCUGCUUUCAUUUAUUUCUUUUUCCCUUCUAAUGGAUGACGAAAUCAUUCAAUCUCUCAUUUUUUUUUUUGUUUUUUUUUUUUUUUACUUUUUCUCUUUGUCAUUUGGAUGGAUAGGGGAUGGGGGUCAGGGAAAGAGCUGCUCAUUGUGCCAUCUUCUCUGCUUUUUGCGGGUUCCGGUUCAACAGUCCCAUCCAUCCAUUCCUCUCACAUCCUCUGUGUCAACAUUGUAUUCCCCCUUUUGUGUAUUUUCUAUGGUUUAGUUAAAAAAAAAAAAGUCCUCCCCUAUGGUUUGAAAAUAUUAAUGAAAAAAUAAUACGAUUGAAACAAAUAACUACCAACUGAGUUGUGUUCUGUGGUCUAACUGUUCAAGAAGAAUUGAUUUAUUUUUCAGACUGGUUUGUGCUUGUGCUGCCUUUUUUCAUUCUUAUUUUCCUUUUUUUUUCAUUUCCUGUGAGAAUUAACCCAUGUGGAACUUUAAAAAAAAAAUGAUUUAGGACACAUGCAGCACAUAAAUGUGAGCUUGCUUUCUGAGGUAAUGUGUGCCGCAUGUUAUCCACUCAUGAGGGAAAAGAAGGAUUGUGAUCAUCAUGCAGAUUCUCGCAUCUCCUUUCUUUAUCCCCCCCCCCCCGCCCCCCGCCCCCCUCUCCUACCCUGCUUGGAGAUAAAAGCCUUUAAAGAUUGCAGCAUCUGAAUCCAUUUCACCCAUCACCAAUCAUAGUAAUGCCAGAGAAGAGAAUAUUUCAGUCAUUUCAGCCCAAAUGGAACCUGUGCAAAGUCUGUUUAGCAUCUCCCAUUCCUCAAUAACAUGCGCUUACAGUUAAGUAUCGAUCAGUUUAGCAGCUAAGUCGCCCUUUUCCAGUUACCGAAGGAAAUAUUGUUAGCUCUACAUAACCAGAGGAAGUUUUUGCAGCCAAUAAUAUAUUAAACUAGACACCAUCUGAGCCAGAUUUUCUUCUUUUCUCAAGAACCCCCAUCGUGGAUGUAAAGCUCUAUCCUAAAAAACAUGCCUUCUUUUGCUUUCAUCUACUACAUCCCUCCCGUUUCUUUCUCUGUUGCUCAUUCUGCCCACCCAGCGUCGUGCUACCAGGAGGCAUGAAAUCUUAAUGUUAGCAGUGAAGCCAGAUAUAUAACUCCUGGUUCACAUGGAUUCCUUUCCAUGUGAUCGUGUCCUGUGCUGUAUAAUCUGAUUGUGAGCGCGGCGGCUGCAGAGAAAGAGAGGAAUAGACAGAUAGAGAGGGAGUCACGGAGGUUGUAAGGCUACAAGGUGACAGACUGAAGAGGAAACAGCAGCAAAAGCCAGUGGUGAGGCUUCCUGCUUGACAUUCUGCAUCUAUACUUCAGUCGCUACAAGAGGACAACCAGUUUCCUGCUGUUGCUACAUUAGCACAUCAGUCCUCCAUACACCGACAGAAAGAAAGUGUCAGAGUGCAGGAUGAAUUCAAUAGAUGGCUCGAUAACUUUUCUGUCUAUGUUCAAAGCAACUCCCUUUAAUCUAACAAUCUGGAGAGAGAGGUGAGAGACAAUUUAGGGAGGAGAGAAAAAAAUGUAAGGGUGUAAAAGAAAAUGGUAGCCAAGGAAAAAGAUCCAAAAAUACAUAGCGAGCUAGAAGGCAGGCAGAGAUGCAGAUUAAGAAGGGGGGAGUGCUGAAAACAGUAAUUAUCCGGGGACGGCGAUUUGUCCUGACAUUUUCCGAUGCAGCCCUCAAACCAUCUGUUUAAAGAUCCCUAAUGUGGUAGUAGUGCAGCACUGCGCAGAUGGUGAAACACGAGUGCGGUCCUUCUAACCUUUCAAGCUAAUCAGCUGAUAGGCGAACCUACAGCUCACCUCCUCUCAGAAGAGCAAGAUAGGUUCGGCCCCAAGUUGCCGAGCUAAGGUCACAUUCACCUGACCUUCUCUGAGGCUCAGCAUCCAGCGCUUCUGUGCAGUGUGUCCAAUCUGAACAAAACAGCGGUCUGUCAGCUACACAGUGCCAGUCGAUGGGUGUUACUAUAUAGCAGAUGAAAACAUCCAUCUCAGGUGAAAUAGAUUUGACCCACACAUAGAAUACAAAUAAGUUUUUUUUUUUGUACAUUAUAGAGAAAAAGCUCCUCCAAAAAGCCUUGUUCCCAUGGUAAUUUAUAAAUGUGAUUUGCAGAAAGAAAGAAAGAACAUUAAAAUGCAAAUGUUUAAUUUCAGAUUUUGUUAUUUUCCUCUCACAUCAGUGAGGUUUUCCAUACAUCUCUCAUAACGUAAGAACAGCAUGACUGGUUUUAAACUCAGUAAGGGAUUUUAAUUGUUCAUCUUCAAGAACGGUAAGUGAGAUGCUGCUUGAUGGACUGAGAUGUUUGAUUACUUGAAUGUGCCACUUCAGUAUUCUUCUUUCUGCUAAGGAUCAUCUUGCAGCUUUGCUUUUCUUUUUAUAUGAUAGACAGUGGGGAUGAUGCAAAUGAUAACGCAAGAGGAUGCUGGUCAGGUGGUCGGAGUAUGUUAGUGUGUCACAUUGUUUUCCUUUGUGUGUUUUGAAAGCCUGCCAAACUCAUUAAGAAAUAUGAAACGCAGACAAGCAAAUUUGCAACUUAACUCCACGUGGACGCCAACUCAAACCCACUAUGCUCACUUUCACCCUCCUACCUUGAGCCUUCGAUGCUUAGAUGUUAACCGACUGCUACAACCAUCCAACAUUCCAGUUGAUUUAUUACUGAAAAAAACCCUCCCUUUCCUUUUCUCCCUCAUUUUUGUUCUUUUUAUACAUAAGAUUGUACAAAGUAGUCCUCUAAUGUUUUCAUAGUGUCUUUUUAUAUGAAAAUAAAUUUUCAAAUUGA